GUGCCUGGUGGAUUCAAACUGCCGACCCCUUUGGUUAGCAGUUGUAGCACUUAACCACUACGCCCCCAGGGUUUCCAGUGGAAUGCUGGUCACCCAUAAAGAGAAAUGAAAUCCUGACGCAUGCUACGACACGGAUGAAACUUAACAUCAUUCUGAGCUAAAUAAGUCAGUCUCAAAAGAACAAACACUGUAUGAUCUCAUUUCUAUGAAGUAAGCAAAUAUAUAGAAACUGAAGAUUAUUUAGUGGCUAUCAAGGGUGAGAAGGAAGGGGAAAGAGGGAAUUUUUUCUUAGGGGACAUUGAGUUUAUGUUAAUGGUAAUGGAAUGAUUUGGAAAAGGAUAGUGAAAAUGGUUGCAUAACUUGAAUAAUGUAAUUGCACUGAACUGUACAUAAAGAAAUUUUUGACUUGCUGCAUAUUUUAUGUAUAAUUUCAGUAUUAGAGAAAGAGAGAGAAUAGAACUGAGCUUAUUUUUUCUUGAAAGCAUCCUUCUAUCACAUGUGUUUUCUUAAAAAGAACAUCCUCACAACUAUCAAUUCUAUGAGAGAAACAGCCCUUGAAGUCUGAUUAUUUCUAGUCUUUGUUCAUUUUUUUCCAGACAACCAGAAGAUAUUCAAGACCAAACAAUUAAUGAUCAAUUACUUUUGAAAACUUUUGUUCUAGAGACUGUGAGAAUGUCAACUAUAAACAGAAAAACACAAUAAUUCAUGACAUAGUGGGUUAUGUGUAAUGAAUGUUAUACAGUCAUAAAAUCAUUGGAUUGGGGGUGGUUGGUAUGUGGUUGGGGAGAGUGAAACAGACAACGAUUAAUGAAAAUAAAGAGUAACCAAAUAAGAAAGAUUGUCUUAUUUCUAAAUGCAGAAGUGAAGAUCUUUGUCUCAGAAAUGAAAGAAACAGGGUGAACAAUAGAAACAAGAUGAAAAUCAUACAGUAGCAAGUCUAUCCGAGCUUCAUUAGAUGUGCGAUUUGACUAGAGGAGGGUGCAGAGUCAAGGUAGCUAUAAAGCAUAGCAUUAGACUCAAUUGUUGUUACUCAACAUUGAUCACUUUGAAUGAAAACUUCAGGCUUUGUUAAAAAAAGGUGCAGCAUUCACAGGGGAAAGAUGCAGAUCCAGGGACCUAAUUAGUCACAUGUUUGUAUGACACAAAAAAUGAGAGCAGAGCCUUUAGAGAUUUAAGUCCCAAAUGUCACUAAGAAAAAUAAAGCGUGCCCUGCCUAGUGUUCACCUACCCAAAAUCAGAAGAGAAAGACAUGCUCAUCUCAGGUAGGAUCCUGAAUUGACAAAUUAAAAAAAAAAAAAAAGACUGCAGAAAAAAUUUUUUUUUGAAAAUUGAGGAAUCAAAUAUUGAGGAAUUCAUAAAUAAAUCAUUUUAUACCUACGUAUUCAAUUAAGUAAACUCUGCAGUCAAACAACCAAACUGUAAUAUUUUAUGAUUGAAGCUGUGUGAAUUGGACUGACCUCAUUUUGUAUGAGUAAAGGAGAUAUUUUAUUAAUUUAUAUUUUUACUAAAAUUCCUAAGGAAAUCAUUACUUUUUGUUACCACUCAAGUGACAUCACUAUACAUGUGAAUUUAAGCUUUCUUUUAGUGUUAUUCCAACUAUAACAGAGGUAUCACACUAAGAAUACCAAUAUGUAUAAAUUCAAGUUCAUAUGGACCAUACAAAAUAAUACUGAAAAAAAAAAAUACUGAAGUACAGAAAAAAAAUCAGACUACCACUCACAUUUCAAUUUUUAUACACCAACAGACAUUCACACACACAGACACAUAAACAAGAACAUGAACCCUUUAUAAGUCUGAAACAUUUAUUACCCCUCUUCCCAUUUGCAUUUUUUAUGGAAAAUUCAUUCUAAUAAUCCAAGGAGAUGCAAGUGUGUGUUAAAUCUGUUUUUCCCUUUGUAUCACUUCUCUUCAGUUUGUCUGUGGACUUAUCCUUUGGGUUCAGGUCAGUCAUAUAACUGGGUUAUAAAAGUUCAGCAAACCAAGAUGAAGUGUGAUAGGAAAGUGGAAUAAAACAUGUUCCAUUCAUGCUUAAUCAGUGGAAUCAAAAGACAUCAUAGAGAAAAACAGUAGCUUAAUCAAUUUCAUUUAUUAGUUUAUGUGGAGUAUUACUUAUUGUUGUUAGAUCUUAAAAUCAAUUAUGUUUCUGGAUGAAUACAAUAAAUGUGACUUCUUUUUUCUUUUUUGUCCAAAGGGGUAUUUAUUUUUACCUGUCAGACUGUUAGGUGUGUGUCUUCUGGCUUUGUGGCUCUAACUUUAGCGUUUCUUUAAUAUUAUUUUGAAUCUGGACUUAGCUUUAGAUUUAAUCAAAGCUACUGUCUGAGCUAAGACAGGAGAAACUAACACAAAUGACAUAUGUCAAGACUGAUAUACAGAUUUAGAUUCAAAUUCCUGUUCCAGGCAUUUAUUUAUUUAUUUUUCAAUAACAUAACAAUGUCUGUUUAACAGUGACAUUUAUCUGGGCUACAUUCUGAGGAUAAAGAAGACAAUUUACAGAGAGAAAAGUGUUCUGCCUUACAGAUAGUAUUUUACGUAUGUUUUUUUUUUAACAUAGUUAAACCCUGAUCUAUAACCUUCUUGUCAUUCCCGUAGCAGUUUUAGAACAAGAUCAAAGAAGAAUGGAUGGAAAAAAUUGUUCUUCAUUGACUGAAUUCCACCUCUUGGGAAUUACUAAUAACCCUGAGAUCAAAGCAACCAUAUUUGCCACGUUUCUCGUCAUAUAUCUCAUCAUUCUUGUGGCAAAUCUUGGAAUGAUCAUUUUAAUUAAAAUGGACUCCCAGCUUCAAACUCCAAUGUACUUUUUCCUCAGCCACCUCUCCUUCUGUGACCUCUGCUAUUCCACAGCAAUUGGGCCCAAGACGCUGGUGGACCUCUUAACAAAAGACAAAUCAAUUUCCUUCUAUGGCUGUGCUCUGCAAUUCUUCAUCUUCUGUGUCUUUGCAGAUUCUGAGUGUCUCCUGCUGGCAGUGAUGGCCUUUGAUCGGUACAAGGCCAUUAGCAACCCCUUGCUCUAUACAGUCAACAUGUCCAGAAGGGUGUGCUCUGUGCUCAUGGCUGGGGUUUACCUGGUGGGUACAGUGGACGCUUUGAUACACACCACAUUAACUUUCCGCUUAUGUUUCUGUGGGUCAAAUGAAAUUAAUCAUUUCUUCUGUGAUUUACCUCCACUUUUCCUCCUUUCCUGUUCUGAUAUUCAGGUCAAUGAGUUUGCAUUAUUCACUGUUUUUGGCUUCAUUGAACUGAGUACCAUUUCAGGCGUUCUUGUCUCUUACUGUUACAUCAUCCUCUCAGUCUUAAAGAUCUGCUCUGCUGAGGGAAGGUUCAAAGCUUUCUCCACCUGCACCUCUCACUUAACGGCUGUUGCAAUUUUCCAGGGAACUAUGCUCUUUAUGUAUUUCCGACCAAGUUCUGCCUACUCUCUAGAUCAAGACAAAAUGACCUCAUUGUUUUAUACCCUUGCUAUCCCCAUGUUAAACCCUCUGAUUUAUAGUCUACGGAACAAGGAUGUGAAAGAGGCUCUGGAAAAACUGAAAAAUAAAAAGCUGUUUUAAAUAGUUAUACACACACAUAAACAGUUGUUUUCUUCAAAUCAUUUAGUAUAGAACAAUGUGAUCUCAAAUACUUUAAUACAAUGAGUAUUUAUAUAAAUUCUCAACUAUACUAGAUGUUAGGUAGUUUCCUAAACAUUCUAUAAUUUUUAUGCGUUUUCAAUUUAAGCACAGUACUCUCUAAUUUUGCAAAACAGUUUUGUCUCCUAAGUGUGCCAAAAUCUUAUUUGUUCAAUGUUUCUGUCCUAGUCAACUGGUGUUGCUAUAACAGAAAUACCACAAGUCGAUGACUAUAACAAAGAAAGAAUUAUUCUCUCACAGUCUAGAAAGGCAAAAGUUAGAAUUCAGGGUACCAGCUCCAGGAGAAGUCUUUCUUUUUGUGCCGACUCUGGAGGAAGGUCUUUGUCAUCAAUAUUCCCCUGGUCUAGAAGCUUCUUAGCACAAGCACCCAGGGUCCAAAUGAUACUCUCUGCUCCUUUUUUCUUGGUGGUAGUAGUUCCCUCUCCUCUUGAUUUUUAUCUCAAAAGAGAUUGACUGAUGACACAAUCUAAUCCUGUAGACUGUGUUCUCCUCAUUAACAUCAUAGAAGUUAGGAUUUAUAACACAGAGAUAAUAACAUUAGAUCACAAAAUGGAGGACAACCACACAUACUGGGAAUCAUGGCCUGGCCAAGUUGAUGCACAUUUGGGGGGACACAGUUCAAACUAUAAUAGUUUCUUUCUUGCAUUACCUGAAUUAUUCUUAAAGCUGUGUGUUUAUUGAGUGCCUAUUGUACUUCCUGGUGCUUUGUAUUUUAUGGUCAAUUCAAUAGUGUCUGUACUAAUGAAUCCUAUAAUCUUGUGUAACUGACAAACAGUAAUUAGAUAAUUAUUCACAGAAUUUAUAACAAACUGUAAAACAUCAUGAAAUAAAAAGGUAAGGUACUCUUAAUCCAAAGUAAGAUGUCUAAAUCUACUCUGCAAAGAAGAAAAGCGUCUUUGAAAUGGGGACAUGUAGUUUCUGAUCUAAAUUAUGAAUGGACAUGUCAAUUGGCGAGAGGAAAGUAUUUGAGGAAGAAGGAUUGGCAAUUAGUGAUGAUGAAGUGGAUAUGACAAUGUUUUUAGAGAAAAUGAAGCCCCAAUUUAUUAGAUAUGAAAAAGCAAAAAGAAAGACUUGGUGAAGUUCAUCCUUGUGCUGUAGCUCUUAACUCUCCCCAUCCUUCAUCUAGGAAGACUUCCUUUCAUCCCCCCUCCCUACUCCACACCCCAUCUCAGGACUGGACAAAUUCCUCUAGCCUUGGUUCAGAAUCUAACCUCUCCUCAAGUCAUCAUUUUAUCUGUCAUGUGGUUUGUUAAAACAUUGUGUAUAAACUGAGAUUAAGAGUACUCUGUGAUGAUGAGUGUUUCAUCCUUGUUAUAAUAAACACCUGCGUUGUGUCCAUGCCAUAGAAGGGGAAAACAUAUAUAAUCAAGUCAACAUACUCGAUAACCUUUUUUGAGUGAUAUUUACAUGGCAGUAAAAACAAAGUUAACUGAGGAAAUAGUAUAAGCCUUGAAUGUAUUUUUUAUAACUCGUAAGAAAGUUCAUAAUAUGAUUGUGGUUAUUAGGGGUAAAGGAUCUAUGAAGAUACCCAUAUUAAUUACUUGAGAAACAAAAAGCUUUCAUUUGGGUACUUUUUUUUUAAUUUUUAUUGUGCUUUAAGUGAAAGUUUACAAAUCAAGUCAGUCUCCCACACAAAAACUUAUAUACACUUUGCUACAUACUCCCAAUUGCUCUCCCUCUAAUGAGACAGCCCGCUCCCCCCUCCACUCUCUCUUUUCGUGUCCAUUCAGCCAGCUUCUAACCCCCUCUACCCUCUCAUCUACCCUCAAGUGUCCACCAGAUCCAAGAAGCUCACUCCUCCCCAGCAUCCCUCUCCAACCCAUUGUCCAGUCCGAUCCAUGUCUGAGGAGUUGGCUUUGGGAAUGGUUCCUGCCCUGAGGCAACAGAAGGUCUGGGGGCCAUGACUACCAGGGUCCUUCUAGUCUCAGUUAGACCAUUUAGUCUGGUCUUUUUAUGAAAAUUUGGGGUCUGCAUCCCACUGCUCUCCUGCUCCCGCAGGGGUUCUCUGUUGUAUUCCCUGUCAGGGCAGUCUUCGAUUUAGCCACGCACCACCCAGUUCUUCUGGUCUCAAGUUGAUAUAGUCUCUGGUUUAUGUGGCCCUUUCUGUCUCUUGGGCUCGUAAUUACAAUGUGUCCUUGGUGUUCUUCAUUCUCCUUUGGUACAGGUGGGUUGAGACCAAUUGAUGCAUCUUAGAUAGCCGCUUGUUAACGUUUAAGACCCUAGACGCCACCCUCCAAAGUGGGAUGCAGAAUGUUUUCUUAACAGAUUUUGUUAUGCCAAUUGACUAAGAUGUCCCAUGAAACCAUAGUCCCCAAACCCCCAACCCUGCUACCCUGGCCUUCAAAGCGUUCAGUUUAUUCAGGAAACUUCUUUGCUUUUGGUUUAGUCCAGUUGGGCUAACCUUCCCUGUAUUGUGUGUUCUCGUUCCCUUCAUCUAAAGUAGUUCUUAUCUACUAUCUAAUUGGUGAAUAUUAGUAACCAUCAAAGAGUAUUUUCUUUUCUGUUUAAACAAUUUUUCAAGUUCUUAUAACAGUGGUCUUAUACAAUAUUUGUCCUUUUGCAUCUGACUAAUUUCACUCAGCAUAAUGCCUUCUAGAUUCCUCCAUGUUAUAAAUGUUUCACAGAUUCAUCACUGUUAUUUAUUGAUGCAUAGUAGUCCAUUGUGUGAAUAUACCACAAUUUAUUUAUCCAUUCAUCUGUUGAUGGGCACCUUGGUUGCUUCCAACUUUUUGCUAUUGUAAACAGUGCUGCAAUGAACAUGGGCGUACAUAUAUCUGUUUGUGUAAAGGCUCUUAUUUCUCUAGGAUAUAUUCCAAGGAAUGGGAUUGCUGAAUAGUAUGGUAAUUCUAUUUCUAGCUUUUUUAAGGAAGCACCAAAUCAAUAUCCAAAGUGGUUGUACCAUUUUACAAUCCCGCCAGCAAUGUAUAAGUGUUCCAGUCUCUCCACAGCCUCUCCAACAUUUAUUAUUUCGUGUUUUUUGCAUUAAUGCCAGCCUUGUUGGAGUGAGAUAGAAUCUCAUUGUAGUUUUGAUUUUCAUUUCUGUAAUGGCUAAUGAUCUGAGCAUUUCCUCAUGUAUUUAUCAGCCACCUGAAUGUCUCCCGUAGUGAAGUGUCUCUUCAUAUCUUUUGUCCAUUUUUUCAUUGGGUUAUUUACCUUUUUGCAGUUGAGUUUUUGCGGUAUCAUGUAGAUUUUAGAGAUCAGGCACUGAUCAGAAAUGUCAUAGCUAAAACCUUUUUCUCAGUCUGUAGGUAAUCUUUUUACUCUUUUGGUGAAGUCUUUGGAUGAGCAGAGGUGUUUGAAUUUUAGGAGCUCCCAGUUAUCUAGUUUUUCUUCUGCAUUGUUAGUAAUGUUUUGUAUACUGUUUAUUCCAUGUAUUAGGGCUACAAAUGUUGUCCCUACUUUUCUUCCAUGAUCUUUAUCAUUUUAGAUCAUAUAUUUAGUUCUUUGAUCCAUUUUGAGCUCCUUCUUGUGCAUGGUGUGAGGUAUGGGUAUUGUUUCAUUUUUUUUGCAGAUGGAUAUCCAAUUAUGCCAGCACAAUUUGUUAAAAAGAUUGUCUUUUCCCCAUUUAGCUGCUUUGGGGGCUUUGUCAAAUAUCAACUGCUCAUAUGUGGAUGCAUUUAUGUCUGCGUUCUCAAUUCUGUUCCAUUGGUCUGUGUAUCUGUUGUUGUGCCAGUACCAGGCUGUUUUGACUACUGUGGCAGUAUAAUAGGCUCUAAAAUCAGGUGCAGUAGGCCUCUCACUUUGUUCUUCCAUAUGAAGUUGGUGAUUUGUUUUUCCAUCUCAUUAAAAAGUGUCAUUGGAAUUUGGAUCUCAGCUGCAUUAAAUGUAUUGAUCACUUUUGGUAGAAUAGACAUUUUUAUAAUGUUAAGUCUUCCUAUCCAUGAGCAAGGUGUUUUUCCACUUGUGUAGGUCUCUUUUGGUUUCUUGCAGAAGUGUUUUGUAGUAUUCUUUGUAUAAGUCUUUUACAUCUGUGGUAAGAUUUAUUCCCAAGGAUUUUAUCUUCUUGGGGGCUACUGUGAAUGGUAUUGAUUUGGUGAUUUCCUCUUCAAUGUUCUUUUUGUUCGUGUAGAGGAAUCCAGCUUAUUUUUUAUGUUUAUCUUGUAUCCUGAUACAGUGCUGAACUCUUCUAUCAUUUUCACUUUUUUCUUGAGGAUUCCUUAGGGUUUUCUGUGUAUAAGAUCAUGUCAUCUGCAAAUAGAGAUACUUUUACUUCUUCCUUGCCAAUCUGGAUGUCCUUUAUUUCUUUAUCGAGCCUAAUUGCUCUUGGCUAGCACCUCCAGCACUAUGUUGAAUAAGAGCAGUGAUAAAGGGUAUCCUUGUCUGGUUCCUGAUCUCAAGGGAAUGCUUUCAGGCUCUCUCCAUUUAGGAUAAUUUUGGGUGUUGGCUUUGUAUAAAUGCCCUUUAUUAUGCUGAGGAAUUUUCCUUCUAUUCUUAUUUUGCUGAGAAUUUUUACCAUGAAUAGGUGUUGAACUUUGUCAAAUGCAUUUUCUGCAUCAAUUGAUAAAAUCAUGUGA